AUGGCUGUGCAUCUGUUGGCAAACUGGCCCGAGAACUUUCCAGACGGCGACAAGGUGACCACGCCCGAGGUAAUCAAGUUCCUGUUUAAGGGCAAGUUCCUCGAGGCGUCGCAGAGCCUGGCGUCGCUUGGCGUGACUUCGGCCAAGCCUGCGACGUUUCAUGUCAUGAUCCGGGCAAACGCGGCAAAGGCCAAGUCCAAGUCGUCGUCGCCUAAGACAGCGUCGUCCUCGCAUGCCAACCGCGCCUCCGGGGACGCGAACGGAAGCGGGAACGGAUCUUCAGGAGUGUGGCAGCCAGGAGAGGAGCUGAGUCUAUGGAGCACCGAUGCGCGGGCGAGUGCGCGGAGUGCUAGCCUGCCUGUGGACGCGCCGCUUGUGUUUGAGGCGAGCGAUGAGGCAGGGACGACGGCUCGGGUGACACGGGCGAUUUCGGCUGGCGAUGUGCUGCUGGCCGAGCCGCCUGCAGCCGCCAUGCAUUCUCCGGCCAACGCGAUGGCGGGCGUUCUGGCCUGUUCGCGCUGUCUGGCCUUUCUUCUUCCGCCGCGGCACCACAUCGCUGCUCUCACUGCUGCCCUUGAUGACCAUGCCGCGCCGCCGCCGCUCCCACACGCUGCGCUCCCGUGUCCGCUCGGCUGUGCCGCGGUCUUUUGCUCGUCAGAGUGCCUGGCCAUCGCCAUGGCUGGCGGCAGGCAUGUGCUUGUGUGCGACGGUGCUGGCGCCGAAGACGGCGAUGGCCAAGCCGAGGCCGCGGCGGCGGGCAUCGGCGAGGUCAUCGGCCAGCUGGAGGCCUUUGACGAGGCCUUUGUCUUUUCAGCCGGCCUGCUGGCGGGCUUGGCGGCCGAGCGGGCAGGCGGGGAGCAUGCGCUGGCGGACAAGCUCGCCAUGUUUACGCAGCCUGCGUGGUCAAAGCUCAAGAUCGCGCCCGAGGACGUGCCCGAGGCUGAAUUCCGGCACGAUAUGGCGGUGCUGGUGGGCAGCGCAGCGGAGCAGCUGGCGCAGGCGUUUGCGGCGCGGGCGGCGUCGACGCAAGCGAUCGACGAUGAGGCUUUGCGUGCGCAGCUGCUUGCAGCCAUCGACGAGCUGGUCACACCGGCGGCGUUUGAUGCGCUACUCGGCAUGGUCCAGGCCAAUCAGAUGGGCGUGCGGCGGCCAUCAGUGGUGGCGAGCGCACUGGAGUCUGGCGCGCUGGAGUGGGCCGAGGUCUGCGGCGAUUUGACGGCGCUCCGCGACGCAGUCAUUGCGACGCAGGCGUCGUGCGGCGAGGACAGCGACGGCGAUGGUGAUGACGAGCACGAACACGAGCCGAUCGAGGUCAUCGCGGCACAGUACCCAGCCGAGUUUGCACCCGAGGCACCGGCGGUCGACCAAGUGGUGGCGACGGACAUGUUCGUGGCGCUCGACGGAAGUGCGGUCUUCCCGCUCCUCGCCGGCAUCAACCACGCGUGCAGACCCAACGCCAAGGUGACGUACGAGGCCGGCGACGACGGAGCGGCAGUCCGUGGAGUCCUAGUCGCGCUCUGUGACCUGGCGCCCGGCGACGAGGUGUUCAUCUCGUACUUGCCGGACGUCGAGUUCACGGACGCCACCGAGCUCAGUCUCGAGGAGCGGACCGAGAUCUUUGCCGACUACGGCUUUGUCUGCGGGUGCAGCCUGUGCAUGGCAGGCGAGUAA